CCCGGCCGCCGCGGCAUGAAGAGGAGCCUCCGCGGGGGCGGGGGCUGAGGCGGGCUCGGGCCUUGCGCGGCUGCGGAGCGGCCGCCCCAUGCGGGCUGCGACCCCCGCGGCCCCUCCGCGCCGGGAUGGAGGCGCCGGGCUGCCGCCGGCGGCAGCUCCCCGUCCUGCUGCUGUGGGUUAAUGGUCUAAUGACGCUUGGAUUCACAGGUGCACGUCAACAGACUCAUCUCUGCAAUGAAUCGCUCAUGUUAGAAAAGUUACCUGCCUGUGGAAAAUCAUUUGAAGAGAUGAUGAAGAAAGUGGACUCUAAAAAAUGGUGCAACCUGACAGAAUUUAUCAUGUAUUAUGACAACUUUACCCAGUGCACAGAACGUGAAGCCAACAAUGCAAGUUGCUUUUGGCCAAACCCCCUUGCAGAGGGCUUUAUCACUGGAAUUCAUAAACAGUUCUUUUCAAACUGUACUUCAGAAAAGGUUCACUGGGAAGAUCCACCAGAUGAAAUUCUCAUAACUCUGAUCUUGAUCCCAGUCAUGUUGACAUGUGCCAUGAUAACACUGGUAGUAUGGUGCAGCAAGAGAAGUGAUAUCCUGGUGUAAGUUGUUCCUCUGGGCUUUCUUUAUCUCCAAUUCCUUCAUCCAAAACCCCUAAGAGACGAAGAGAGAAACUCAACAUAAAGGUUUGAGAUCAACUGAAGUGGAACCUGUGAGAUACUGAGACAGAGGCAAUGCUCCUGUGAACAAUGAGCUGCCUGCUGCUGCUGCAGAAGUCACUGCUUUUGAGCUGGGCCAUUGGUGUUGCUGGUGCAAAGCUCUCUACUUCCAUGGGACCUCAUCAUCAUGGAAUUUACAGGCAGCUCCCAGAAACAGGAGAGCCUCUAGGCAAAUGGACCCGUUACCUGAAAAAAGGGUAAAGUUACUUUCCCAUGGGUAAAGCUGGUUGGUGAACUAGGUGUUGCGAAACUGCAUGUAGGUAUGGUGUUACUGACUGCAGGGGAGAUGAUAUCUCUUGAGUUUUUGUGCAGGACACUUGAGGUUUUCAUCUGUGAUCCCUGUAACUUAGAUCAUCACUGACGAAGGAACUGAACAUGGAUUUAACCAGGUGGCAGCUUUUCUGGAAGCUAGUCAAAAGCAUUAUCAAAACCUGGAAGUAUUGUCCUGGCAAAGGAACAAUUUAUGUGUCCAGUGACUAGCCCCAUGGGGGAAUUAUCAUGCCAUGUUAUAAAAUGGUUUAUAAAAUACCUUUAAGCAUGGCUACUUGGAAUUGUAUGGCUUACAAACAAACUCUGGGAAGAUAUGCAGGUCUUACUUUACAGAGCUGGAAAAUGUGAAAUUGGUUGAUUAUAAAUAUACUAAGGAGUAAUGAAGAAACUUUCAUAUGCCAGACUCUUUAUUUUUCCUCUUUUAUAAUUACUCCUGACGACUUGUGUUCACUGUAUACUCCCCACUCUCACUUCAAUUUAUGCAAGUGAUAUAUUACAAAUAAAUUUGAAGGUGUCAUGUUGACUGAGGUGCCUUUCAGAGUGUAAUUUUGUACAUAAAUAAUUAUUCAUCCUGUAAAGAGUGUGGGAACUAAUGUAUGAACAUCAAAGCUUGGAACAGACAUAGGAGGAAAAAGAAAAAAAUAUACUCAGAAAUCUUAUUCUAUAAAACUAUUCCUGUGUAACAGUUUAAGUAAAGUUCAUAUGCCCCAAAUAAAACAAACUUCUAUGUU